GUGGUUGAGAAGAUAACUGUUGGGCCGGCGAAAAAAAUUGAUGCUGUUGAUUUGUAUUCGAAUGGGCUGGCUGAGAUCGUGGCCCACUUGUGUGAGGGAAAUGAUCAUUUGGGCUUGGCAAUAUUCCAUGGGAGUUGGGUCCAUUAGUAAAGUGGGGAGUGUAGGUCCAGACCCAAGUUCCUUGACGAGGACGCUGAUUAUCGAAGGGAAAGGUACUGCCGCCGAGAGCUUGAUUCGCACUAGAGAGAGUGUGAUUCCGGCCACCGCCAUGAGACUGCCCACCGCCAUUGCUUCUCCCGCCGAAGCGUCCUCCACCUCGGCCACCACGGCGGCCAUUGCGACCCCCACGGUAGCCACCCCUGCCACCGGUGUUGUUCUGCUGCCAUGAAGAAGGGUUGUUUGAGGAGGUCUGCACAGUUAGGGCAUGGGGGGAUGACGAAUUGUCGGCAUGAGUGAUUACAGAAUCACGUUUUUCAUCUUGAAUCAUUUGUUGUUCUUCACAUAAUAGGAUGGAUCUAGCAUCCCAGAACGAUGGAGGUGGUUCACGGUGUCGGAGGUUAAUUGCGAUAUACCGGAACUUGGAAGACAUGCCAUUAACCAUGUAUGCGACAAGUAAUCUGUGAUGGAAGAAUUACCAAGAGAGAUGUUUUUGAGUUCUCGAUCUAACUGAAUGAUCUUGGAUGCUUUGUUAUCACGAAAAACCCUUUCAAGAUUUUCCCAAACUUCAUAGGUUGUUGCCUGCUUCUUGAAAAUCAUGUUGAGAAGAGGUACGGAGAGUGUACCAUAUAACCAUGAUCUCACGAUGGAGUCCACACGAAGCCAAGAAGUUUUCGCAGCAGAAGAUGCUUCAGCAGUUUUCUCUUUAUCUUUAUCGCCUGAUGCAGUGACAGGAGGCUGAAGAUGGUCAUCUACACCAUACCCAAUACAGUGAUGUUCAAAUAAUCCUCUCCAAAUGUCAUAGUUCAUCUGAUCCAAGUCCAGAACAAAGGGAACUGCGUGCUUGAUAUUGAUUGUUGAUGAAGGCUUGUCAUUCAUGGGUAGAGACAAGAUGAGGAGAAGAAGAAACGAAGACAGAUAGAGAAAGAAUGAAGAUGAGAGAUCAAACAGUCAACAAGGAAUGAGAUGUCGACUUAGGGUUGAAGGGUAAUAAGGAAAAAUGACGCAAGAUGCUGGAAUGAAAGAGCAACAGGUUCCGGCGUCGCCUUCUAGCUCUCUUUCAUCUAUGUCUCAUGGCAUUUUACAGCAUUUUAAAAAAAGAGUUGUUGAACUGAUUGAGAGCGGAGCUUACACUGCACACUCUCGUUUAAUUUCAUCUCUUCCAAAGGAUGACGCUCAUGAGAUGGAAGUUGAUACUGCAUCAUCUGCAACUCAAGGUACUGUUAAUCACUCCCAUGAGAUGGAGAUCUACUGCUACUUCUUUGUGCUGAUAUUCCUAAUUGAUCAGAAAAAGUACACUGAGGCUAAGGCUUGUUCUUCAGCAGGCAUUGCCAGUUUGAAAAACAUGAACAGAAGAACAGUUGAUGUUCUGGCAUCCAGACUCUACUUCUAUUACUCUCUUUGUCAUGAACUUAGCAACAGUCUCUCUGAAAUUCGUGGUAAUCUCCUUGUUUUGCACCGGGUUGCUAGGUUGCAUCAUGAUGAAUUGGGGCAGGAAAGACUCCUAAACUUGAUACUUCACAAUUACCUUCAUUACAAUUUAACGAUUCAACUAGAAUACACAGAUGCAAAGGAAUCUCUUCUCCAAGCUGCCCGAAAAGCCCCUGUGGAGAGAUCCCUUGGUUUCCGAGUUCAAUGCAACAAGUGGGCCAUCAUUGUUCGUCUACUUCUUGGAGAGAUUCCUGAACGAAAUGUUUUUACGCAAAAAGGCAUGAAGAAUGCAUUGAGGCCUUACUUUGACCUCACAAAUGCGGUUAGAAUUGGAGCUCUGGACCUAUUGAAAACUGUCGCCGAGAAAUUCUCCACCACUUUCACCUCCGACCGAACCAACAACUUAAUCGUAAGACUCCGCCACAACGUCAUAAGAAACAGACUCCGCCACAUCAGCAUCUCUCUUGCUGACGUGGCAACCAAGCUCCGACUGAAUCCAUUAAUUGCUGAUGUGGAGAGCAUCGUGUCAAAAGCCAUCCGUGAUGGUGCCAUCGAUGCCAUGUUGGAUCAUUCAAACGGAUGGAUGGUUUCUAAGGAAACAAGAGACAUCUAUUCAACAAACGAACCACAAAUUGCUUUCAAUUCUAGAAUUGCCUUCUGCUUGAAUAUGCAUAAUCAGGCUGUACGUGCCCUUCGCUUCCCGCCAAAUUAUCAUAAGGAGCAACAGGUCGAUAGCGAUAGCGAUACAUCCGAGGAAGAAUAUGAUGACGAAUGUUGAUUUGCUUCUAUUGAUUUGUUUAUCAUAGCAUCCUACUCUUAAUUAUCAUCAGCAACAAGUCAACAAGAAAUAAAUCAUAUUGCCCAUAUCGGUAGCAAAAUGACUAAAAUUCGAGCAAGGAUAGUUGAUGUGGCUGAUUGUUGAAACAAGAUAAAAAGAGGAAGCUGAAAGUGAUAAUGCUCUGAUCUUGAAGGACUGAAUCUGGAAGUUUACGAAACUGUAUAAUGUGAAAGUUAAAAAAGACUUGUUUUAAUGAAAUGAGAUUCCUUAAAGACUAUACAAACAUUACCUUUCUAAUUACCAACAAAACAUGUAUAUUCCCAUUCCUUUAUAACAGGACCA